AUGGUAUCAAGAUAUCGAGAUAUAAUUAAAAGAAAUCAAACACAUUUUUCUAGACAAUCAUCAAUUAUAAGUACAACACCUAGUAUUCGACAUGGCUCGACUAGUGAGAUAAAUGUAGAUACAGUUAAUAUAAAUGAUUCAACAUCGAUUACAAAUAAUCAAAAUAAUGAUGAGUCAACAGUUAUUGAUGAUAAUAAUGAAGUUAAUAAAAUAAAUUUACAAUCGACUAAUAAAAAUUCAAUCGAUAUAAAUAAUACAAGUGCUACAGCUACUCAAUACAGUAUAUAUGAUGUAGAGAAUGAUUCAACAACAAUAAAUAAAAAACAAUUAACUGAAUCAAAACUUCCCGAUUAUCCAAAAGCAAAUUUUAAUUCAAAUGAAUCAUCAAUGAAUAUAACAGAAAAAUUAGAACGAGCAUUAUCGAAUAUAGCACCAUUUUUACGUGAUAUAUUUAUAGAAUUUUCACAUAUACUUACAAAAACAUUAGUUGGUUCAUAUGGACAAGAAUUAUUACCUAAUGGUUUACAUGCACUUAAACCAACAGCAUCAGUUGUUGAACUUGUUAUGCUUUUAUGUUCACAAGAAU